CGGACGUUGCAUCGACGGAGUUCAAUCCGGAGCCCGGGAUUCCACUUAUUUAUGGACGAGCCGCAUCGCAUCGAAUCGAACCGACACGUUCUUCCCCCACACCAAUCUGCUUCACCUCUGAUACGAUACAGGGGACUUGAAGACUGCCACGCCAAACCUGCAUAUUAGACAGCAUCUCGUAACGGCUCUUUGGGGUCCCUGCGUCUACGAACAACGAUAGAACGACCUUCGAAUCCAGGUACUACUAUCCUUGCGGGAAUCACCAGAAAUUUAUAGCCCCCCCUCGUGUCUUCCGUAGAGAAGUCGCUGUCAACGUGGUGAUGGACUUCGAAGCCGGAUAGUGUACCCGUUCCCAAGUCACUCGACAGUUGGAAACGGCAUGUUCCUUUCAAGUCACGGCUCCUUAACACCAGCAGCAUCAUCGGCCAGCAGUCAAAGCGCAAAAUCCACUCGAAAGCAGUGGCAGUGACAGUAACGGGAAACCACUGACAAAGAAAAGGAACCUCGGAAAGGAUCCGCGAAAAAGAUCCGCGUUCCCCGUGAUCUCACAUCCCCACCCUAUCCAUGCCUCCAGUUAUACGUAACAACUCUUUCGACACCACGCGUCUACAGACUUCACAUCGUCUUCGAAAACAACACAAUCAGAAAAAUGCCACACCCCCACCAAGCCCCCGAGUUCUCUUUCUACGUCACCAGCCCCGACAGAUCUAACCCCAGCCCUUCCAACUCUUCCACCUCCUCCAACUCUCGUUCCAAAUCUGCCAACCUUAACUCUGGUUGCAGUACAAGUUCCAACCCACACUCCAGCUCCUCAAUGGCAGCCUCUUGGCGUUCCAACGCUUCCGAGCUCCGGGACAUCACUCGCGACUUCACUGCCGCGCGGGCGACUUCGACCGACGCCAAGACCAAGAGUUACACGGAGAAAGAAGCCAUUAGGUUUGAGGCGAUGGCGAGAAAUGCCGAGCUUAUGGCUAGUAUGGCCACGACGGCUUCGGCUGCUAAGGAGAGGAGUGGAGCCAAGAAGGCAUGAUGGACGGAUAGCUUCGGGAUAUAAACUAGAGAACGAGGAACGAGUACAAGAGCUAAAUUCAAUUCGAGAUCACAAACUAUGUUCAUCAAGAGAGAAACUUCAGGGA